AGAGUUAGUUAUAGCACAUCAAACACGCAAGAAGGAACAUACAUACACAUACACAAUAUAUCUAUCUAGUAUCUAAUCUUCUUUCUUUGUUUGCAAAUAAUUAACUAGACAUCAUUGAUCAAUCGUCAUGUCUAUGAAGAUAGCAGCUGAUGAAAGAGAAAGAUCAUCAUCAUCAAAGAUGGAAGUGAAGGUGAGAGAGUAUGAUGAAGAGAGACACAAAAUGGAAGUUGAGAAACUUGAGAAGCUUUGUGAAGUUGGGCAGAGAGGGAAGCCUUCUCUUCUCACUGACCUCAUGGGAGACCCCAUUUGCCGUAUCCGUCACUUUCACUUACAUCUCAUGCUGGUUGCAGAAUAUGGAGAAGGAGAAGUAGUUGGAGUGAUUAGAGGGUGUGUGAAAACAGUUACAAAGGGGAAUUCAUCACUUCAUAUAAAGCUUGCUUAUAUCUUAGGACUCAGAGUCUCUCCUCUACACAGGAGAUAUGGCAUUGGGACAAAGUUAGUUGAACAUUUAGAAGAAUGGUGCAAGCAAAAAGGUGCUAACUAUGCAUAUAUGGCAACUGAUUGCACAAAUGAGCCUUCACUCAAUUUGUUCACAAAAAAAUGUGGAUACUCAAAAUUUAGGACUCUAACCAUGUUAGUGCAACCUGUUCAUGCUCACUACAAGCCAAUAAGCUCCAAAAUCGCCAUGCUUCGGCUUCCAGCGCGCCUAGCCGAGUCGAUGUACAACUAUAUCUUCGCGAAUUCGGAAUUUUAUCCUAAGGAUAUAGACGCAAUUUUGUCAAACAAACUCAAUCUGGGGACUUUUAUAGCAAUACCAAGGAAGAACAUCAAGAAAUUUGAUCUUAAAAUGGGUAUUCUCCCUCCAAGCUAUGCUAUACUAAGUGUUUGGAACACCAAAGAAGUGUUCAAAUUGCAAUUGAAGGGUGUGUCACCAUUAGCACAUGCUUGUUGUGUAGGUACAAGGUUGUUAGAUGAAUGGAUGCCAUGGCUAAGGUUACCUUCAUUCCCUGAUGUUUUUAGGCCAUUUGGGGUUUAUUGUCUUUUUGGUCUACACAUGGAGGGUAAAUAUGGUAAACAACUCAUGAAGGGUCUAUGUGGACUUGUGCAUAAUAUGGCUAGAGAUGAUGGUGGAUGUGGGGCCAUUGUGGCUGAGUUGGGCCUGAGGGACCCAGUUAGAGAGGCUGUCCCACAUUGGACCAAGUUCUCAUGGGCUGAGGACAUGUGGUGCAUCAAGAAUCUUGACAAGAAAUGUGAGCCGUCCGAUUGGUUGACUUCUAAAUCCUCUUCUCCAGUUAUUUUUGUUGAUCCCCGAGAUUUUUGACUCUAAACCCUAAACCCUAAAUUCUAAUAAACAAAGAAAAAGAGAGGAAGAAUUACUAAUUGAAUGAA